AUGAAGAUUCCAGUACUGCUCGCAACGUGCCUCUACCUCUGGGGGUUAGCGUCCGCCAGUCUGUUACCAUCCCAUGGCGGUAAAGGUUCCUCUUCACUGCUUCAUCUCGUCCAGGGUAGCGCGUCGGCCACCGCUUCCGCUGCUGUAACCGCCAGAGCAGGACUUCGUGCAGGCCAGGUAGCCCUGGCCUCGCAAAAGGACGCCGCCGCGCAAGCGGCAGCUUCGGCCGCAGCUUCAGCGCAGGCACGCGCCUCUGCGGACCAGACGGCGAGACUAAGCCAAGAAUCGGCAACGUUACAAUCGCAAGCUGCCGCUAAAGCUAAGGCAACCGAGGAGACUGCGGUCGCUUUGUCCAAAGCUGAGCUGGAAGCUGAAUCUAUCGCUGCAGCGGCCAGUUCUGCAGCCAGGGAAGCUGCGACUUCUGCAAAGGCUUCAGCAUCCGCGCUGUCAUCGGCUGCCUUGCAAGCGAGACUUGCCGCGAAGGCAGCUAACUCCCAAGCUAAAGCAUCCGCGGAAGCUAAGGCCAAGGCGGUAGCCGCAGCUCAGUUGGCGGCCGCCGCAAGCUCAGCUGCGGCCGCGGCGCUGGAAGCUGAGAGGCACGCGGAAGCCGCCAUUGCAAAGGCAGCUGCUGCAAAGGCAGCAGCCAGAGCUGCCGCUGCCGCGUUAGCCGCUUCAAAGGAAGCAGCCACGAGCAGCGCAAGGAGCGCUGCUGAAGCCGAGGCUAGAGCCGAAGUUGCUGCACUUAUCUCAAGCAUUGAUGCGAAGAGCAGGGAGAUCGACGCGGCUUUGUCAGCCAAGGCUCGUGCUGCCGCAAAGGCAAGCUCUAGAAACGAAGAAGAGGCAAUAAUUGGGGCUAACAUCGAUCUGGCGAAACAAGUCGUGAAGAUUCCUUUGAAGAUACCGGAAGUCCCUAAGCCAGAACCGAAAUCUUGGAAAGACGAAGAGCCGGAAAUGAAGGAACCGGAGCAUAAGAAGAAAGGCAAUGAAUGGACACGUUAG